AUGUCUUCACGCGGUUGCGUAGCUGCGCUGUUUCUGGCGUUUGCCUGCAUAGCGGGUGCGACUGAGCUUUUGCAGCCUAGCUCAGAGCACUUCAUUGUGAGCGUCGCACAGCUACAGGCUGGCUCGCGCGCGCAGUUUGACGCCUGGGCAGCCCACAACAACAAGGAAUACAGCAGCGCAGAGGAGGCGGAGCGCAGACUCGCAGUUUGGACUGCCAAUGUGCAGCGCCAAGCAUCAAAGCUGGCGGCCGCCGAUGCCAAUGGGGCAGCGGCGGAGGUGUCUGUGAACGGCCUGGCUGAUGUCAGCCUGGAGGAGUUCAAGGCAGGCUACCUGGGACAGGUGUCCAGGAGGAAUGUGGAGGCCCUCGAGGCGGGCAAGAAGAAGGAUCACCGGUACCGCUACGAGAACAUAGUGCCACCAGCCGAGGUGGACUGGCGAACAAAGGACAUCGUGGGCCCCAUCAAGAACCAGCACGUUGGCGGAUCCCCCUGCGGCUGCUGCUGGGCAUUUGCGACCAUCGGCGUCACUGAGUGCAUCGUUGCCAUGGCCACCGGCAAGCCCAUCUCUCUCAGCGAGCAACAGCUCAUCGACUGCGAUAAGGCUGCUCCCUGGUAUGAUUUGGGCUGCGAGGGUGGCGAUUUUGAGGGCGGGGUGGAUUACAUUAUAGACAAUGGGGGCAUCGACACAGAGAAAGAGUACCCCUACUUGGCCCACGACGACAAGUGCAUCCGUGACAAGGAGGGCCUGGCACCCAAGGCUUCUACUUUGGACGGCUUUGGACAUGUGCCGGUGCAGAACGAGACGGCCCUUGCACAGGCGGUGAGUCAGCACCCGGUGGCGGUUGCGGUGUGCUGCGGUGAUCACAUUGACAACUGGCACGCAUACACUAGCGGCAUCUUCAAGAUCCCAGGCACCGACAUUCCAGGCGGGUGCACAGAUCCUCUGGACCACGCAGUUGUGGUGGUGGGUUAUGGCACUACCAAAGAGGGGGAGGACUUCUGGAUCAUCAAGAAUAGCUGGGGGGAGACCUGGGGCGAGAAGGGCUUCUUCAGGGUGCCUCGCAAUGUGGGCGCUCCACUGGCGGCCUUCGGGCUGGCAUCACAGCCGGGCUACCCGAUCAAGAAGGGAGUCAACUCAAACGCCGACCCCAUCCGCACUGACAUCUGGCAGGAGGUCCCCCGCUCCCCCACCGCCGGUACCACCGCUACCUCAUAGGACCCCCGCUCCGCCACCGCUGGAGCCACCGCCACUUUAUAGGACCCCCCGGUUCCCAGCCACCACCACCGGAGUCCCACCGGAGUCCCACAAUUCUGCCACUGUCUGCGCUCGGGGGGAUCCUGACUGCCAAACAGAUCCCUCACUGUAGCAUUCUUUUGAUGUCUAAACGCCAUGAAAGGCGUUGAAGUACCGUCAAGAUAUUUCUUAAAGGUUCUGCAGCACAAUCUGAGACU